UUGUGUGUUAUUAUGUAAAUUAUAAUUUAAACAAAAGCUUUCCUACCUCCAUCUUCCAUCUUUCAAAUUCCUUGAAUGAGAAGGAGACAUUUGGGGUCUCUGCCGACACAAACAUACAGGCAGUUGCACUGCCAUCUCUCUCUCUCUCUCCCUCUAUCUUGGGGCAACCAUUGAAGAUAACUCACAAGCAAAACACCCUUUCUCCUUUCUCAGUGUCUUCUGCGUUUUUGGUUGGCUUUGGUAAUGGAUGUUUACCGGAAUCCCAUCGUAUGCGGCGACAUUCCGGCGGAGUUCCAGCCGGAGAGAGCUCCUUCUCCGGAAAAAACUAUGUGGGAGGACUUCUUCCCUGGGCAAAAUAAGGAAGAAGAUGAGGAGAACGUCAGCCUGCAAUGGCUUUCAAUCUUUGUGGAGGACUGCCUAUCUGCCACUACAAGUUUCACCUCGCCACCACCAUUAACUCACACAAACACAAACAAAACUUCUCAAAAUCCUACAGUAACUAAAAAAUCAAACUCCUCCUUUGAAAAUCUCUCAGUUCCAGUCCCAGUCCCAGCUAAGGCCAGAACCAAGAGAAAGAAAACCAAAGGUGAUUCCAAUUUCUUAAAUUACUCUAAAGAGUCUCCUCUCCUCCACCAAAAACAUUGGCUUGCAGAGAGUGAGCUCCUCAUAAUCCCCAAAAUGGAGAAGCUUGACAAGCACCAAGGGAAGGCAAAUAAUGGUAAUGGCAAUGGAGGAGAAUUGCACCCGCUGCAGCCGAGACG